AUGAGUGGUGCCCAAUUCCUCUCCCGGCGUAUUUUGAGAGCGACAGCUCUUCGCCUCCUAAACCGUCGAUUCGCUUUUGCAAUAGCAGCAACAGCUACACUCAGCGCCAAGUCAGUCCACAUAUACGCUCAUCUGAAUGCGUUGCAGAAGAGAGAUAUCCUGUUUUGGGGGUUCUCCUUCUUUACACAAGACACAGCAUGUCUACUGGCGAUUCGCAUGCUCGUCGACCAGUCCCUGGGCACCGCGUUAUCAAUAUUGGUCACAGUUGUGGUAUUUUUUCUGGUUGUAACAGCUGCAAUAUCGGAGUCCUUUUUCUUCACCACAGGGACAGAACUCCAGUGGCGCAAUGUUGCUCUGGCUAGCGAUUCGUCUUCAUGGUCGACACUAUCAGCAGGGUGGUUAUAUUGCUUACUAUCAUUCGCCGCACUGUUUAUGAUCGCAGUGAUAUUCCAACAUCCCUUUGAUCAAGUAUCCAGAUGCGCAGUGGAAAUUUUUAAGUGGCCGGUCUCACUCAUAUCUAAUAAGCUGCCAGUCUUGAAUCACUGCAGCUACUCGAGAGAGACGUAUAAGCAUCUACCUCAACACGAUGUUGAAUACAUCGAAGAUGUUUACAAGCAUGGCGAACUUGAGGAACAAAGACUGGAAAAGGAUAAUAUGCAGCCAACCAGGUGCACAUCUUAUUUGCGACUACUUGUUGGCCUCGUAUUGGCAGCCCAAGCCAUCUGUACGAUUACACGGCCAACGGAUCACUCGCUCAUCUUCAUGUCAUGGACAUUACCGCUCAUGCCAUUUGUGGAUUUCAUGUUCUCGACGCCUUCUCUGGCUAAGCUCCUUGAGAUGUCAGGCAAUGUCAAUGAUGCGCUGCAAAAUGCCACGGCUUUAGGCGAACCGAUCCCCUGGGCUUGGUUGCCAAACAACGCGUCGCUUCAAGGAUUUCAAGAUUGGUAUGAACCGGACAAAGAACACUACAACGCUUUAGAUGAUCCACUGAAGCUUUCAAAUCUUGAUGAAGAUUUGCUACUGCCUCUGCGAGCCAAUCUGGACGAUGUUCCCAUCCGACAUAUUUUGCUACUUAAACUUGAGAGCACACGCAAAGACGUCUUUCCAAUCAAAAAGGACAGCUAUAUAUGGAAUCGUCUCGCCCAAUCAUUUCGGAAUUCAUCGCUACCUACAGAAGCGCAAGAAAAGCUAGCUUCCCUAACUUCGACUGCAAAGUACCUUACCGGAGACUUUGACGAUGGUUUUGGUGAAAAAGCUGGCACCCCGCGCGGUGGCAUCAAUGCGAACAACGCUUUUACUACCAGUACUUACACGUUGAAGAGCUUAGUCGGGACGCAUUGCGGCAUAAGUCCACUAGCUGCUGAUUUCAACGUUGAGACAGACCAUCAUAUCUACCAGCCAUGCUUGCCUCAUAUCUUUGAAGCACUGAACCAGCUCAAUCACAGCCACGAUGAGGUAUCGGACGAACAUUUUACUUCGUAUAAGUGGAAAACUGCGUUCAUGCAGUCAGUGACAUUACGAUAUGACAAACAAGACCACCUCAUGCCGAAGAUGGGAUUCACUGAUCCGCUAGGUUGGUGGGAAUUGAAGGAUGAGGCGGCCAGGCUCGGACCAGUCGAUCUCCCGGAUAUCAACUACUACGGCAUGUCAGAGCGUGCCGUAGAAGACUACUUGCGGGAUACUUUUGCUUCAGCUAAGAAAAAUAAUGAAAGAGUCUUCUUGUCCCACCUGACAAGCUCGACGCAUCACGACUUUGGCUUGCCAGAAGACGAGAAAUAUGUACCAAUGGCUGGCGACCCGGAUCUCGAUGAUCUUUCACAUUAUCUGAACACAGUGGGCUACGUUGACCGCUGGCUGUAUAGAAUUCUUCAAAUAUUGGAUGAAGAAGGCGUUGCAGAUGAGACUCUACUCGUCGCUGUUGGAGACCAUGGUCUCUCCAUCGCAGAGCGAGGAACCAUCACUCCGUAUAGCAACCCACACGCUGCAAACUACCACGUGCCGCUGGUCCUAUCGCACCCCAAGCUGCCAAGCAUCAAAGUUGAUGAUCCGGUUUCCUCCAUACAGAUUCUCCCAACUAUUCUUGACCUUCUCCUUGAGACUAAAUCUCUCUCUAAAUCCGAGGCAGAGGCGGUGCGCGACAUGAUCCAAAACUACGAGGGUCAAUCCCUCAUACGGCCAAUGCAAAGUUUCUCUGAAACAAACGGACAGGGAGGCUGGCAGCACACGGUUAUGAAUCCCGGCGGAUCAACCAUCGCUGUUCGAGAUGGUCGCCAGCCCAACUGGCGCCUGAUUGUGCCCGUCUUCGGUAACUACGAAUGGAGAUUUACAGACCUAGAAACAGAUCCGCAUGAGGAUACUCCAUUAGUGUCGUAUGACUAUAGAGCCAUCUUGCGUAUCGUGGAGGAAGCAUUUGGGGCUGAAGCCGCCACGUGGGUGGAAGAGGCCGCCACGGUCACUCGGUGGUGGACAGACGAGAAUUAUAAGCGCUGGCGCUACAAUGCAUGA